AUGCCGAAACGCUUGAAGAUUAAACGAGCAUUCGAUCGCAUCGCAAAUCCAGGCAAGAAAAGGUCGUCCGAUCAAGACACCGAAGCUUUGCCUAGUGGCUCGCAUCGAGCGCAUCGAGACGACAGACUCUCCUUCCUCUCUCUUCCACCUGAACUGCGGAACCAAAUAUACCACGAGCUCGCAACCGACUCGUCCCUGACGCUCAGUCCCUUCAAGGCCAAAAAGCCCGCCAACAUCAACGGACUCCUGCUGGCUUGCCACCAAACCCGCUCCGAGUAUAAGAAAGUCCUUCUGGCCAACGCCCACAUCAGCUUCAACUGUCAGGAAUACAAGUUUGCCAACCUGGUCCGCGUUCUGGAAAACCUCUCACCCUCCGACCUGGACACGCUCAAACUCAACCCAAACCUCUGGAUCAUCUUCUUCCUCUCCCACGUCCCUACCCGCGACGACAGGAAGAACUUACGGGGCUGGAUCGACUACCGCAGCUCCGACUUCAAUGUCCCGUACUACGGCUCCGCGCAGGCCCAACUCGCUGCUCGAGAGCUGGUGUUUGAAUAUGACUUGAGAUUUCUGGCGCAGUUUCGCCCGCCGAAGUCGACGAUCAGGUACGCGAAUGGGCAUGAUAUGAAGCUCGAUCUGCUGAGGAGUCAUCUAAGGAUGUAUCAGUUUCUAGAGAGGGAGGCGGGAGAAGAGGGACCGAAGGAGGAGUUGGUCAGGCUCCGGAGGAACAUAGAGGAGUGUGUGGAAUUAUUUGAGGCGUUGCAAAUGGAAAGGUCGACGCCGGCGAGGGGGAUGAGUGUGGUUACUACGGGAAGUGGGCGUGGGUUUUGA